AUGAGGCAAAGGAGAAACCAUGUAAUCCCAUUGCCUGCUGCUGUUGAUGACGUGGAGAAAUUCACCUCCACGAACCUUCACAUCGAGAAUUCACACCCAUCUCUAUCCAACAUUUUUAUCUUUUGUUUGGUUACUCGAAUAAUCAAUUCAUUGCUUGUACAAACAUAUUUCAACCCGGAUGAACACUGGCAGGCUCUUGAAGUAGCUCAUCGAAUUGCAUUUGGAUAUGGGCAUUUGACAUGGGAAUGGAACAAGGGUAUAAGGAGUUACUUGCAUCCUACUCUUUUUGCUGCUUUAUAUAAAGUUCUUGCACUUUCCCAUCUGGAUCUCUCUUGGUUCAUGAUAAGGGCCCCACGUUUGCUGCAGUCUGUAUUCUCUGCUAUUGGUGAUCUCUACUUGUACAAAUACUCAAAGGCAUUGUUUGGUGACAAUGUUGCGUAUUGGGCUCUCUUUGCGCAACUGACCAACUGGUUCAUGUUCUUCUGCAUCACUCGUACUUUAUCUAACAGCUUAGAAACGAUUCUUACCGUGGGGAGUUUAUACUACUGGCCUUGCAUGAGACCAUCCUCUUGUUCAGUUGCAUCUGUUUCGAGAAAACGUGCUCUGGCUGUAGCUGCAUUGGCAUGUGCAAUUCGGCCGACAAGUGCUAUUUCUUGGAUUUAUAUUGGCAUUCUAGAACUCUUUACGGCACGUGAUAAGCUAAAGUUCAUCCUUGUUGAAGUUAUUCCCGUCGGGGGGCUUGUGCUUGGUUUUCCGCUCUUAUUGGAUCGUCAACUUUAUGGGUCGUGGGUUGUGGUGCCCCUUAACUUUGUAAAGUUCAAUUUCCUUUCUUCUGGAGGGGACUAUUAUGGAACUCAUGCAUGGCAUUGGUACAUCACACAAGGCUUCACGAUCAUGCUAUUCACAUAUAUACCAUUUUCUAUAGCCGGUAUUAUUAUGUCCAAAGAGUGGAAGCUUUCUGGGCUUAUUAUAUGGGUCUUGGGAGUAUACAGCCUUCUCGGCCAUAAAGAAUUCAGGUUUGUUCUUCCUGUGCUACCCAUAGCAUUGAUUUUCUCAGGGAUUCCAUUAGCCAAUUUACAUCAACGUGGAAUAUCAAAGAGGAAGCAAACUUGGAGCUCUCGUAAAAACCGCUAUUCCAGACUGAAUAUGUCGGUCUUUUUCCUGCUUGUAACUAAUCUCCCGAUGGCUCUAUACAUGAGUAUGGUUCAUCAGAGGGGGGCAGAGGAUGUAAUGAACUAUCUCUCGAGGGAGGCUAGAGAGAAUAGAGUAAAAAGUAUCCUCUUUUUGACACCUUGCCAUGCUACGCCAUACUAUUCGACCCUACAUCGAAACAUCUCUAUGCGUUUCUUGGAUUGUACACCAAGUGAAGAAAGAGGGAAGUUGGACGAGUCGGACCAAUUUUUACACGAUCCCCUUGCUUUCGUGACUAGACUUGCGAGAAAUUGGACUCCCCCCAGCCACAUUGUUCUAUUUGAUCCCCAAGAAAAGCCGUUGAAGGAGUUUCUAGUCUCUCACAAGUUUUAUGAGAUGAAAAGGUUCUUUCAUGCUCACUUCAAAGUGGAUCGGGAACUUCAAGGAUCAAUUGUUGUGUACACUUCUCAAGGGCAGUGA